ACCCUUUCCAAGAAUUAUACUUGGUUGACGAGAUGAACCAGAGGAGAAGACAUACGGUAAAGAUCCACUGCCUGACCCCGCAUUGGGGUAUGAUUAUCCCUAUCUACUACCCGGAUGGUACAUCCAGAUCAACCAGACCCAAAACAAACAAUCAUCAUCAUCAGAAAUCCGAACCAACUCAUCUCUGAAGAUAGCAAUGUCCCCACCACCAAAAUCAAACGUCCGCUUCAACGCCGAAGCCGCCAAAUGGGACGAUAACCCCUCCGUACAGGAAGCCACCCGCCUAGCUUACGAAACCCUCCACCCCCUCAUCACCACUCUAUCAAAUGGCGGCCAUCAAACCCUCGACGUCCUCGAGGUCGGCUGCGGAACAGGCCUACUCACCCUCCGCGUCGCGCCGCACAUCAAGCACAUCGUCGCCAUCGACCCCGCAGAGGGGAUGAUCGAGGCCCUGAACACAAAGCUCUCCGACCCAAACGCCCCAAAGAACAUCACGCCGCUCUGCCACUUACUCACGAACCCAGAAGACCCCGUCUUGCCCCAGCGGCCCGGCACAGGCGCCAGGCGGAAAUACGAUCUCAUCCUCUCCCACCUCGUCAUGCAUCAUGUCCCCGACCUGCGGCAGUUCCUGAGCACGCUGCGCGGCUGUCUCAAGUCCGGGGGGAGGGUUUUCCUAACCGACUUCGAGGACUUUGGGCCGCAGGCACGGUUGUUCCAUCCCAAGGAUAAGCUUGUGGGGGUGGAGAGGCAUGGGAUUCCGCGCGGGUGGAUGGAGGAUCUCAUGCGGGAGGUGGGAUUCGCGGAGGUCAAGGUGAGUGUUGGGUGGACGCUGGAAAAGGAAGUGGAGGAUUGGGAGGAUGGCAGGCGGGAGAUGAUGAAGUUUCCGUUUUUGGUGUGUGAGGGUGUUUGUCCUUGACUUGCCUUGUUGCAGUCUUACAGAUAACUGGAGGCAUUGGAUGCUUACUGAAACCCGUGAGCCAUGACCACUUGUUGUAAGCAGCUG